UUUUAGACCAUAUUUAGCAUUGACUUUUCUCUCUCUAGAAAUGGAAAUGGAGAGAGAGAGUUCUGUUUCUCCCAACACCUCCUUGCUUGGUCCUAUAGCAUUUUUCUUAUCUAUGUAGAAUUGAAUAUGUUUGAGGGAAGACAUGGGAAUUGGAAACUGAGAGUCUCUCUAUUAGCUGUAUGCAGACCAGGAUGCCAAGAUCAAGUGUUGGGCUCUGUUUUUGCUAGUUGCUCUCUCUCUCACACACACAGAGUGGAGCCUGCGUGUGAAUUCACGAAGGCUGGUUUCAUGGGCAAUUGUUUGAAUGCAAAUGUUAGACCAAAGAAAUCAAAUACAGUAACGUUAUCUUCCCAAACUUCAAACUCUGGCCUGUGUCCGAGGGCCCAAGUUCCAUUCCCUUCCAGUAAUAAAACAUCUGCUUUCAGCAUAAACAGCUGUGGAGACACGCCGACACCACGAAUCAAGGGAGAUGCAAACUCUUGUCAAAAUUUGAAGACUUUCACUUUCGAUGAGCUCAAAGCUGCAACGAGGAAUUUCCAUUGCGAUGGUCUUAUCGGCGAGGGAGGUUUCGGGUUUGUGUUCAAGGGUUGGAUCCAUGAAAGUACUCUCUCUCCUACAAAACCAGGCAUGGGUAUUGUUGUGGCUGUCAAAAAGCUAAAGUUGAAUGGCCUACAAGGUCACAAGGAAUGGCAGACAGAGGUGAACUAUUUGGGGCAGCUUCACCAUGAGAAUUUGGUUAAGCUCAUUGGGUAUUGCUCAGAAGCAGAGAACAAACUCCUGGUCUACGAAUUCAUGCCUAAGGGGAGCCUUGAGAAUCACCUAUUUAGGAGAGGUCGUCACACUCUUCCCUGGGAUGUAAGAGUCAAAGUUGCCAUGGGUGUUGCCCAAGGACUUUCAUACUUGCAUAAUGCAGAGAUUCAAAUUAUCUACAGGGAUCUCAAGGCUUCAAAUAUUCUACUAGACUCGGAUUUCAAUGCAAAGCUGACAGAUUUCGGGUUCGCGAGGGAAGGCCCUAGAGGAGAUGACAGUCAUGUAUCAACCAGAGUGGUGGGGACUCAUGGUUAUGCUGCUCCUGAAUAUCUUGCAACAGGUCGCUUGACAACAAAGAGUGAUGUAUAUAGCUUUGGGGUUUUGUUGCUUGAACUAUUGUCAGGGCGGCGAGCAAUCGAAGAGUCAAAAUCUCAGGCUGAGUGGUGCCUGGUCAACUGGGCAAAGUCAUUUUUAACGGAAAGAAAGAAAGUAUUUCGAAUUAUGGAUACAAAUUUGCAGGGCCAAUACUCUCACAGAGAGGCUCAAGUGGUAGCUACAUUAGCCCUCCAAUGUGUCAGUUGGGAAGCCAAAACCAGGCCGAAAAUGAGAGAGAUUCUCAACAUUUUGGAACAGUUGAAAGAUAAAGGAAAUGAUGAAAAUCCCCCAAACCGAACGGCUCGAGUAUUAAAGGCCCACUAAGAAUGCAUCCAUGCAUUUGAGUCCAAGUAGGAAUUGAGACUUCCAAUCAUAACAAGGCAAUUAUCAGAGUCUCUCAGAGAUUUGAAUGAAAUGGGACAUUACUGGCAGCUAAAUUACGCCAAACUACAAAUCGACGUAAAUGUGGUUUGUUUAACUCCAACAAAUGGCCAUCUGCACUUUUUUCAAAGAACAGAUUCACUUUCAUUUGGUGCUGAACUGGUAGUUGAACAAUCGCAUAGAGGUGGUUGGUGGAUUUAUUAUAUAGGACUCUUGGGUAUGCUCAAUUGAUAACCACAGGUAUGGCAACGACUAUGAUACUUGACUGACUGCAAAAACUAUUGUCAACCAUGGCUUAUUUGAUAAUUGGUGAUUUUCAUUUGGUAUGACUCAGUGCAAUCAAUUUCAUAACAAGGAUCCACCUCUUGGAUAGGCUUUGAUGUACAAAGCCAGGAUAAGUACAUGCAAUAUCAUGGCAAGAUCAUGAGUUAGCCUCCCUAAUAAUACCAAAUCCAUUAGAGCUCACUCUGACCGAAUAGUGAUGACUUCGGACAGGGAAGUUACACAAAGGACAACAAGAUGAGUUCUGGCUUUUUCUUUUUUGUAUUUUCUCUUGUCCGAGGUCUCCUCUUUUUUUUGAGGAAUUUAAAAAUGGCCCACUCCAUUCUCAUUAUUUUUUCUACUAAGAAUCACUCUUUGAUCCCCAAACCCAUUCACAAAACACAAAGAGCUGGAGUUUUCUUAGACAUUGGGGUUGCACCUGAAUGAUUCGAGAGCUUUAAUGGCAGUUGCCCUCAAAAUGUAUUGUCUGAGGUCUCCUCUUGUUAUAUCAAAGAAAGCAUUUGGUUAAUAGAUUAUUUUUUUUUUUACACUAUAUAUUAGGAAAGACCUGGACUUUCUUUUGAUUUAAGAGUUCUAAAAUGAAUUCUAGGGUUUUAGGGUUUCAGCAAUGAGUGUGUUUCACCUCUGAUAAGUAUUCCUUAUUUAAUCAAAUUGCAAGAAAACGGGUCUAUUUAGUACUUUUCAAGACCAACACAGUAUCCCGAUGGUUCACAACUUCGAGUAAUUCACAUGAAAACACUAAAAUUGACUCUAAUUUAUCAUAUGUACAACAUUAACAAUCAAA